GAGCCGUGUACAAAGACACAGAGACAGACACAGAGACAGUGAGAGACAGACAGAGACAGCGAGAGACAGCUACACACUCUGCCUUCCAUCCAUCAUUACUGGGACCUCCUGUGUCGGAUCUGCCUGUACAAGCUGGCUUGCUGCCUCUGUAAAUGCAACAUCUAUCAGGGACCUCCCGGGGACCGUUGCCGCUGCUCUGUCCAGGGCCACUUGUUGGGGGGCAGCAGGUAACGGGCGCCUUUUCUUUCUCCCCGAGGAACCCCGCCAGCAGCCAAGACGCCUCGUGCCGUGCUCCGAGUGAAGAAUGGGGCGGCCAAACUGCCCAAGCCCCAUCCGGACCCGGCCGGCACCCCGGGCAUGUUCAUGGAGAGGUCACAGAGCCGGAUUAGCCUGUCCGCAUCAUUCGAGGCUUUGGCCAUCUACUUCCCCUGUAUGAACUCUUUCGAUGAGGAAGAUGGGGAAGACGGACGUAAGCUCAAGGGUGCUAUACAGCGCAGUACAGAAACUGGAUUAGCUGUUGAGAUGCCAAGUCGAACUGUUCGACAAGCAAGCCAUGAAUCAAUAGAGGACAGUAUGAACAGCUAUGGAUCCGAAGGAAACCAGUCAGAGAAUGCCUGCUUCUCUGCACCAAUCACAGCCAGAGAUACAGACAUAGAAGAAGGUAUACACAACAAGCUACUGUACAUUGGAGGCAAAGCCAGCUUCGAAUCAACAGACAAGAGAAGCUGCCUCAGCCUAAACUACAGUGGAAUGUGUCUCGCAUCUGAUGGCCAGUUUGGUAACUUCUUGUCUGGGAUGGGUCCAGCUCAAUUUGUUGGUCGCCAGACGUUAGCAACAACAUCGAUGGGGGACGUUGAAGUUGGUUUGCUAGAAAGAAAUGGACAACUUGAAGUUGAAAUUAUCCAGGCACGAGGUUUGACAGCAAAAGCAGGCUCCAAAACUCCACCAGCUGCUUACAUAAAGGUUUACCUGUUAGAAAAUGGUGUAUGCAUUGCAAAAAAGAAGACGAAAGUAGGACGCAAAUCAUUAGACCCUUUGUACAAUCAGGUGCUUGUAUUUACUGAGAGUCCACAAGGGAAAGUAUUACAGGUAAUGGUGUGGGGUAAUUAUGGAAGGAUGGAAAGGAAGCAUUUCAUGGGAGUUGCAAGGAUACUUUUAGAAGAACUGGAUUUGUCAAGCAUGGUCAUUGGCUGGUACAAGCUAUUUCCAACAUCUUCAAUGGUCGAUCCAUCAACAGGUCCUCUUCUGCGUCAAUCUUCACAGCUUUCUUUGGAAAGCACUGUUGGACCUUGCUGUGAGAGAUCUUAAUGGUAAAGGAAUGGACCUCUGUCAUUUUUAUAACAAAAAUCCCACAAUGAAGGAUUUGUUUGGAUCUCUGACCUCAAACGUAUUGCAUGUUUGAUCAGUUGUAAUGCUGGAAGCUGAACAUAACCAAACAACCUUAUGAGAGAAGAAAGAGUGAUGUUUCUCUUAAGUAUGAAAGUUACUCUGGGUGAAUGCCCUGAGAGUAAAAUCAUGCAAAUACCUCUGGUCUCUCUUUGUUUGAUGUCUUCUAUACGCCUAAAUCUGAGAUUGGGAAUAGUUAAAGUUGCAGCAUUAAAAAGGAAGGUAUUUUCAUAGCUUUCUAUAAAGAACUUUUUAAACUUUCCUACUACUAUUGCCUAAUGCAUUUCUCGGAUGUGACUGGAACAAGGUAUAUACAUAAU